GUCAUCAACGAGCGACCCGACGCCACAUGGCAGGCUGCUGAAGUUUUGACAUAACUUGCUAAGCAUGGCCAGGCAGUGGUCUGAGGGCCACUCCACAUCCAUCCUGUGUGUUGGAGCGUCUCCAGGCCCCGAGGGUUUCCUCGCCUCAGGCUCUGAGGGUGGAGAGGUCACAGUGUGGAGCCAGGAGGGGACCAUCAUAGGCCAUCUCACUCUCCCCGGCAAAGACGACAACACAAGUGUUGUGUUUUCACCUUCUGCUCCGGGCCAGCUGUAUGUGUCACACGGAGAAGCGGUGAGUGUACUCGACCCCCGAAACCUGAAGAGUCCCGUGGAGGAGUUUCAGGGUGCAGGGGAGGAGGAGAUCAAUGCGUUGGCGCUAAAUGAGACAGGAACAGCCCUGGCAGUGGCAGAUGACAGCGGGGCGGUGCGGGUACUGGAGCUUCCUGGGGGAAAAGUGUGCAGGACUCUUCGUAGACACACGAACAUCUGCUCCUCGGUGGCGUUUCGGCCUCACAGGCCCAAUAACUUGGUGUCUGCUGGCCUCGACAUGCAGGUGAUGCUGUGGGGUCUGCAGAAGACACGCCCUCUUUGGACUGUCAACCUCCAAGAUGUAGCAGAGGAAGAGGACGACCAUCAGCAGCGUCCCGGUCAGCUUUUCAACCCGCCACUGAUCCACUGCGUCUCUGUGGCAAGCUGUGGGAACAUUUUGGGUUGUGCAGCAGAGGACGGGCGGGUGCAUGUGAUGCGGAUCGGCAGUGGCUCCAAACUGGAACAGCAGGGAGUGGUCAAGGCCCACAGUCAGGGCGCCUCACAAGCCCACUUUGUUAGUUUCCUCUCCCACCCUCACUGGCUCAUCACUGGGGGGAACGACGGCCAGGUCGCUCUGUGGGAUCUCAGUAAGCACCCAGUGGUGACUCCUGAGGCAAAGAGCAAAACUGGAGUGACAGCAGCCCCGCGCAGGAAGGUUAAGAGCAAGGCGAGGCGGAAAGAACAACCACAGGAUAAAGCAAAGAUGACACCGAAGGCUGAAGCAGAGAAAGAAGUGGAGGUGGAGGAUGAGGUGGCAGAAAGUGCAGAGAACGUGACGGAGGACAAGUCUGGACCCAAACUGAGCAUCAGUCACGGGGACAAGGUGAACUGGUUGUGUCCUGCUGUGCUGAAAGGAGAACCCAGUGUGGUGGUGUCAGAUCAGAGCUCCAGUAUGACAGUCUACCCUUUGUCUCCGAUAUAGAUUCACACACUGAACAUGUUCUUUAAUUUUUUUUUGGUCUUGUCAUCGCAGCACUGCAACUAACGAUUACUUUCAUUAUCGAUUAGUCUACUGAUUAUUUUCACGGUUACUUGUUCAUCAAUAAGAUGUCCCAAAAAUGGGAAGAAUGCAUAUCACAAUUUCCCAGAGCCCAAAGUGACGUCUUCACAUUGUUUCUUUUGUCCGACCAGUAGUCCAAAAAUCAAAGACUCUUCAUUUACGAUCAUAAAUGACAAAGAAAAGCAGCAAAUUUUCACAUUUAAGAGGCUGGAAUCAGUAAAUAUUUGACAUUUCGCUUAAAUAAAAUUACCUUGUUAAAUUUGGUCAGAGUAUUCACUCCUGUGAUAGAUGGUUAGAAUUGGCAGCUUCAUUAUUUGGACUUCUUUUGACGGUAGGAUUUUGCUCUUUUAAUAAAUUCCAGAAAGCACUGAACAGUGGAAGCGAGAUCACAGAAAUAUGUGUUACUAUUUUUCAACAAAGCAAAUGUGUAAUUGUUUUUCGGGUCUCAUAAAACUCCAGAUUUACACAUUGAAUAUGGUUCAUUUGGGUAUUUUGUGCAUGUGUGGUCCUAUAAAAAAGGCCAUCCUUUGAAAAUAUGUUGCAGUAUGUGCAUUUUUUCGGACAAUAAAAACUACCACAUUACAGACUGAGGAAAGCUUCAUGUUAAACUGAGUCUGCUGCGCUUUGGAAAAGUAAAAACACAUCUCAGUGGAAACCAGGAGCCAAAGAGAGAGAAGACAGACAUUUGAAAACAGUGCUGUGACACAGAUUACACGACAACACUUCUGACUGGUUUGGGUUUUGUGGUGAGCUUGUUCUCGGAGACAUGGUGCCAUUUUAAAAAAUGUGAUCUGGCACUCAGCUACCCUCCAUGUCACGGUGUGAUGUACAAUUAAGAUUUCUCUCUGUAUGUGUUGAUUAAAUCAUGUUUGCUGCUCAUUAAUCAUAACAGGCUGAAAUCAGGUAAGAAAAUGUGCUGUUCCUAUUAAAGUGGACGUCAUCAGCA